GAUCGCCGAACAUACCGGAUUCUGUGCAUAAAUUAAGACCUGGCGAUAUUGAUGUUAUUGCCGCAAUGGGUGACUCGCUUACAGCCGCAUCUGGAGCUCUCGCGACUUCUAUAGUUCAUAUCUUAAUUGAAAACAGAGGAAUUUCACCGUCUGGUGGAGGUCAAGCCACAUGGAGAGAAUUUUUGACGCUACCUAAUAUCAUUAAGGAAUUCAAUCCCAAUUUGAUAGGAUACGCAUUAGGUGAUUCUUUGACAAUCCAUGAAGCAUCGCAACUGAACGUCGCUGAAAGCGGAGCUAUGUCCGAAGACACGCCUUUUAUGGCCAAAACGGUAGUCGCGAGAAUUAAAAAAGAUCCGAGGAUAGAUUUGCAAAAACACUGGAAGUUUAUCUCCAUUAUGAUCGGUGGCAAUGAUUUUUGUUCCGACAUAUGUUGGGUUUCGUCACCUUGGUCGAUUAUUGAAAAACAUAAGGUCCAUCUACUUCAAGUUUUGCGAACAUUAAGAGAUAAUUUACCACGAACUUUUGUGGCGUUGAUUCCGCCACCAAAUUUAAAAAUAUUGAUCGAUUUUAUGGAAGGCAAAAAAAAAAAUCCAUCUUCACUCUGCUACCUUACAACGAAUAUUGAGUGUUCUUGCAUGUUCGGACUUGCAUUUCAUCGCUUUAGACCGAUAUAUUACGAUAUUNUGAGAAAAUGGCAGGAAGUAGAUAUGGAAAUCGCCGCUUAUCCAGAAUUCCAAAAGAAUGAUUUUGCAGUUGUGGCACAACCUAUUCUGCUAAAUUUUACAUUGCCAGUUGAAUCAGAUGGAUAUAUCGAUAUGUCAGCGUUAAGUNUNGAUUGUUUUCACGGCAGUCAAAAAACUUAUGCUUUGUAUGCAAAUGGUCUGUGGAACAAUUUGUUAGAACCAGUGGGUGCUAAAUCGACGAACUACUCAAAAUCAUUGUUCGAAAAGUUCCUCUGUCCAACACCGGAAAGACCUUAUCUGGCUACAAUGUUUAAAUGAAAAAAAUUAAAUUCUUACAAGUAAUGUUAAUAAUUCGACAUCACACUUAUAAAACUAAACCGGUAUGUAUACCGGUAUGUAUACAGUUUGCUUUAAAAUUUAGGGUAAAAUAAAAAUGGCAAAAUAUAUAUAUUAUAUUA